AACGCUUGACAGUUGACACACUGAGAAGGGGAAAAGAGGCACCCAAACCCUGCCAAACCCCGAGCCCCCCGAGCCCCCAGCAUGGCGUCCCUCCUCCUCCGCCGCCACGCCGCGCACCGAAGCGCCGCCGCCGCCGCCGCCUCAACCCGCCUACUCCGCGCCUUCUCCGCGCUCCCGGCCGUUGAUCCCUCGGCGUCCCCCGCCGCAACCUCUACCCAGGCCGCGCCCACCUCCGCCCGCGCCUCCGUGCUCAACCUCCAGCUCGCCGUCCGCGCCGAGACCGACCCGGCCCGUAUCCACUCCCUCGUCGCCUCCGCGCUCUCCAGCCACGACUUCCCGCGCCUCCACACCUCGCGCCAGCUCUUCUCCCUGGCCGCCUCCCGCCUGACCCGCCUCCGCCGCCCCGACCUCGCCGCCUCGCUCCUCCACAACCUCCUCGCCUCCGCGCCGCCCUCGCCGGGCCUCCUGGCCCGCGCGCUCUCCCUCUUCCCUGGCCCCGACGACGCGCUCCGGGCCUUCUCCUCCUCACCCCCCGCCGCCCGAUCCGAUAUCUCGCUCUCGGCGCUCCUGUCCGCGCUCCUCCGCGCCGGCCGCCUCGAUGACCUCAAGUCCACCUUCGCCUCCGCGGAGUCCUCGCUCGGGGUCGCACCCGACCGCGCCUCCCACAAUGUGCUCCUCCACGCCCUGGUCAAGAACUCUGAGCUCGCUGCUGCCCAGAAGCUGCUCGACGAAAUGGCCAACAAGAAGUUGAAGCACCGCCCGGCCCCAGACAUCAUCUCCUACAACACUGUCCUCGCCGGGUACUCCGCGCAGGACGAUGAUGAGGGAUUUAAUAAUCUUUUGAAGGAGAUCAAUGCUAGGAAGCUGGAGCCAAAUGUUGUCACCUACAACUGCAGGAUACAGUGGUUCGCCAAGAAAGGCGAGACAGUCAAGGGGGAGGAGCUGCUUGAUGUGAUGGAGUCAAAGGAGGUAGCACCGAAUUACCUUACCUACAAUGCUCUCGUGCAGGGGUAUUGCAAGGAGGGGAAUGUCGGGCUAGCGAUGCGGGUGUUCAAGAGGAUGAAGGUCAUGAAGAGGCGCGAGGGGAGGAGUGACUUGGGUGUGUCUGCGCAUUCACAGACAUAUGUGGUGCUGUUUAGGAGCUUGGUGGAGAAAGAGAAGCUUGAUGAUGCAUUGUGGAUUUGUAAGAGCUGCUUUGCGAUGAAGGCAGCACCACCAUUUGAGGCUGUUAAGGGUUUGGUUGAGGGGUUGGUGAAGGCUGGGAGGUCUGCGGAGGCUAGGGAUGUUGUUGCCAAGAUGGAUUUACUUGUGAAAGGUGAUGCUAAGCUUGCUUGGGGGAAGGUUGUUGGUGAAUUGUCUCUUGAAGAGGGAGCACCAAGUUCAAAUCCAUGAUUUGCUAGAGGCAUCUUUGUUACUUCUGAUUGAUUUGUCUUUUGGACCUUGAACGAUGAUGACAACGAUGAAGAUAAGCUUUCAUAUGGGAUCCAGUGUCGUCUUCGAGUUAUCACUAGCUUGUUUUUUUUGAAAGGUCCAUGGUUAGAUCAGGAUGUUAUAGAUGUCUCUCUAAAGCUGAAUGGUAAGAGGUGCCAUUCCAUAAUCCGUUUACUGUAAGAGUUUGCUCUAUUUUUGUGUCUUCUAAUAAUAUUUAAAAUGACGUUGAAGUGGCGAGGAGACCAUUAUAGAUGAUGCAUCUACCAUCUGUCACUGUUACAUGUUUGUUA